CUCCAAUAUGGCGUCUUCCACGACUUCUUUUUCCGUCUCAAGACAGCUAACCCAGGAAGCUUAGCGGUCACAUGCCCAGACGUCAUGUUCAAUAUUAACACCAGGAAAGUAGACGACGAGUCUUAUGUUGAACUUGCUAAGAAAUGGGAUAUCAAGAAAUGGGUAGAGUCARAUGGUCAAGUAAGGUGGUACGGCUGUAGACGUGGGUACCGGCACAAUCAGGGGACAUCUAAAUGUAGUUUAACCAAAGGUCUUGGUAACCCACCUUGUGAACUCGAGAAUCUUGCUGAUGCUAUCAAAUUUAUCAUGAGAGAGUGCGAAAAAGCAGGCUUGUUUUGUGAAUUACAAGAAGGGACGCUACUAGGUGCUGUCAAAUUUAACAAAGUCCUUCCCUGGGAGAGAGACGCCGAUAUAACAUUUCUGACAGCAAACUAUACCGCAUUCAAGAAUCUCAUGAGACCAAAGCUUAUCGAACAGGGCUAUUCUUUGACGACCUAUGAUACGUCUGUGCGGUGCUGUUUGGAAGGGAGGCAGACUGGUGGCCAAUUUCUGAUCGGUACGCCUAGUUUUACUAUAGAAAUGUAUGGACAAUACAUGAUGGAAUCAGAAAUACUAGCAGCUAGAGGACAGCCAUCCACCAAGAUCAAUUUCGCCGGAGAGUGGGUGAAUGUGGUUCGUAACCCAGGGUUGUACGCACGUAACCGAUAUGGUCCUAAUCACUUUAGGCAUGCUGAGCACUGGAGGGAUGCAGGGUCUGCCACAGGAUGGGUAUUCUAUAGACCAUCACACUUCACUAAGUGUCCUACUCCUGGUCAUUCUGCAUGUUUGGAUCAGUAUCCAGCUGAUGGCAACAUACAGUUCAGUGAUUACACUACACUAUAGUCUUGUUGUCAUGGUUACUCUCAGGGUUACUAUAGCCUUGUUGUCGUGGUUACUCUCAGGUUUACCAUAGCCUUGUUGUCAUGGUCACUCUCAGAGUUACCAAAUCCUUGUUGUCGUGGUUACUCUCAGAGCUACCAUAGCCUUGUUGUUAUGGUUACUCUCAGGGUUACCAUAGCCUUGUUGUCAUGGUUACCGUCAUGUAUCUAUGUUACUGAUAUAAACCUAAAGGAAGAAAUACUUCACUUGGACUACCUGUGAUGAAAUUUCUGACAAGUUACAGAAAAAAAAAUUUUUUUUUGUUCGACACCGUUUGAGAGGAUGCCCGACGCAAGCGGUAUAAGCUCACGAACUUCUCGAGAUUUUCUCACGAUUAUUUAAUUUGAAUUGUUCGAAGGAUAUUCGGAGGGAAGAGCCUGCGUUUUUAACUCAGCGGCACAAAGCCCAUGCGCUUAAGAGACCAAAGACCGAUUUCUACCACCAUAAAUCAAACUGCUGCAUGGCAAACUCGUUGAUACCCUCUGAAUCCUACUUGCAAUCUUAAGUAAUUGGAUUCCCUGUGUUCUUCCCGCUAAAAAGAGCGUUGCGUUAUGCAUAUUAAAUAUACGUCAUAUCUUGACAUUGAUGUGGCAUGUGAAAAACUAUUUACUUGGAUUACACUGUAAAAUAGGCGUCGGAAUAUUUGUUUAGAAAUUUUUUUCGACUUUUCUUCAUUUAAAUCUGUUUCUUGAUAAGACUGAUAGACCAAUAAAUCCUAAGAAUAUUGUGAA